AUUAAUUAUCGCAUUGCUAACACGCAAUGUAGUAUUUGUGUAAGAUUAAAGUGCAACAGCGAAGCGAAAAUGAAGUCUAGUUGCAGCAACGGGAGCACCAGCAGCAGCAGAUAAUAAUAGCGUUUUUGCUGCAGCGGCACACGGAAAGCGUUUAAGGGAGAGGGAGGGAGCAGGAGGAAGCUGCAAACCGGAAAAACCGAAACCGGGCGCAGAGUCUGAGGACACUUGAGCGGUUCAUUGCACUCACGCGCGCGCGCGAGUGUGUGACUGAGCAAGAGAGAGAGAGAGAGGGGGAGAGCGAGAGAUGCGUAUGUUACAGCUGUUGUCGCUGUGGCUGCUCUGCAGCCAUGCAACAGGCGCCAACAUCCUUGCUGUGCUGCCCAGCGUCUGGAGAUCACAUUAUCUAUUUGGACGCCGCCUGCUACAGCAUUUGGCGGCAACGCCACAGAAUCACUCGGUGACUCUGAUCAGUCCCCAUGCCUUGGCCGAGGGGGAUGCGGAGUUAUACAAAAUACGCGAGAUACGCAUCGAGGACCAGGAUCUCAUGCAGAACUGGCUGGACAUGGGCAUGAGCUUCCAGGCGGAACAGAUGUACGCCCAGAGCGUCAUGGAACGCUUCACGCGCAUGAUCUAUGCGGGCACCACAAAUGUGGAUCUGUUGCUCUCGGAUGGACGCGUCCAAAAGCUGCUCACCAGCGGCGAAAAAUUCGAUUUACUCAUCGUGGACCUGUUUCUAAGUGAUGCGUUGCUUGGGUUGGCUUAUUACUAUGGUGUGCCAACUGUGGCCAUCAGUCCCACCGGUGCCAAUUCGUGGCUCAACAAUAUGUUCGGUAAUCCGCAAUCGGCCUCCUUGGAUCCGAGCAAUUUUCUACCGUUUACGGAGCGCAUGAAUACACGUGAACGCAUCGCCAACACGCUGAUGAGCACCUUCGAGCGUUUGACCUACAACUUUUUCCACCUGAUCUCACAGCAAUCCGUUUACUCCAAUCACUUUGAGCUGCUGGUGCGUGAACUGCCCAACUAUCGUGAUUUGAGCAAAAAUCUUAGCUUGGCGCUGAUUAACUCGCAUCCCGCUCUGGAUUAUCCACGCGCAUAUUUGCCCAAUAUGCUGGAAGUGGGCGGAUUACAUUUGCUGGAACCACAACAGUUGCAAGUGCCAAAUCAUGUGCGUUCCUUUAUCGAAUCCGCCCCGGGCGGCGUCAUCUAUUUGAGUCUGGGCGCUGAGGUGCAAACGGCCAAGUUGCCCAGCGAUAAACUAUCUAUUUUGCUGGAUGUAUUUGCGCAUCUGAAGGAAUUUAAUUUUCUGCUCAAAUGGGAAGCGGAGGAGCUUGUGCAGCAACCGUUGCCGGACAACAUAAUGAUUAACAGCUGGUGGCCUCAACAGGCCAUAUUGGCUCAUCCGCAGGUGAAGCUGUUCAUCAGCAGCUGCGGUCAGUUGAGCGUUUGGGAAUCGAUUGCUGGUGAUACGCCUAUACUUGCCAUACCCAUAUUGCCCGAGCAGGAGGUGCUGGCCAAGCGGCUGCAGCUGAGAGGUGCAGCGUUAAGCGUUGGCUACGAUGCCAUCACCUAUGAUGCACUGCUUCACAGCAUACGGCAACUGACGCUGAAUGUCAGCUAUGCACAACAUUUGGCCCAUCUGAAGACGCGUCUAAACAUCGACAAUUCGGAGGCAACGUCGCGAGCCCUCAGCAGUAUUGAAUUGAUAUUGGAAACAGGCGGUGCGGAUUUUCUAAAAUCACACGCAAAUGCGCUCAACUUUUGGCGCACGGAGGGAUUGGAUGUGUUGCUGAUCAUUGUGCUGGGUAUUUGUGCCAUUCUAACAGUGCCUUUCGUGGCCACUUGGUGCAUAUUGCGGCGAUCCUACAACAGCCAGUCGGAGCAGCAGCAGCAAAAGCAGCAGCCGUAUCGCACCACCCUCAAAAGCGUGGGUCGUGUGCACAGCUACGGCGAUCCGAGCAGCUGCACCACAGCUGGCACCUCGGAACCGUUGAGACGAACACGCUCGGCACAAUCGCUGUCGGCACGCUCGAGCUGCUCCAGCUUUAGUUCAACAACGCCGACGACACCGUCAACCAGUUCAUCAACACCAGUGGAACUGACACCACCGCAGCCGUCUGCUUGUGGUGGUGCGGUGCCGUCACUAAAACUCUAUGUUAAUCAAGGGGUUUACGGAACACCGAAAACAUUACACGACGAGAACAACAAGGAACAAGCCUUUUUAUAGUCUAGCCGACAGUGAUCGGUUUGGCAGAACGAUAUAUCUCUAAAAUGCACACCUUAUAAACUAUGCAGUACAUAAACAUACAUACUUACACAGAAGUGAGACACGUUAAGCUCUCAUCUAUAGCAUUUUAAGCAUGAUUUUAUGUAAGUGUAUUGGGUUGUGCUCCCAGAAUGUUUUCUUAUGUUAUAUAUAUAUGUACAUAUAUAUAUAUAUGUAUAUUAUUUGUAGUUUACAAUGUAGCCGUGAUAAGAAGUUCAGAAUUGAUAUUGUGUGUUGUUAAGCUAUUUAGUACAUUGUCCGAUCUUAUAUAGCAUAUAGUAACAACAGUUCAUAAUUAACGUUGUUAUUGUUAAUUUUUUUAUUUAGAUUUUAAGUGCAAUUAAAAUUUGUUAAAGGACACUUUCGAUUGAAAUAUAUUUUAAGUGCGGUUAAAAUAUGUGGAUUCCUGCAAUCAUUUCUAAAUCUGAUCAGAAAAAACCUUAACAGUCGGAAUAUCGGCCAUCCAUGCGAAAAGUUCUUGAUCUGUCCUAUAUACGACUU